CCGCUACGUGAUUGGUCAUUGGGGAGGGGGCGGGCUGGAGUCGAGACUGAGGGCUUGAGGAGUCCCGGCGGGGUACAUUGGCCUGUCCCAUUGCGGCCAUGUCGUUCUGCAGCUUCUUGGGAGGCGAGGUUUUCCAGAAUCACUUCGAGCCAGGUGUCUAUGUGUGUGCCAAGUGUGGCUAUGAGUUGUUCUCCAGUCGCUCAAAGUAUGCACACUCUUCCCCAUGGCCAGCAUUCACUGAAACCAUCCAUGCAGACAGUGUGACCAAGCGCCCUGAGAAAAACCGACCUGAAGCUUUAAAGGUGUCCUGUGGCAAGUGUGGCAAUGGGUUGGGCCACGAGUUCCUGAAUGAUGGCCCCAAGCGGGGACAAUCCCGAUUCUGAAUAUUUAGCAGCUCACUGAAGUUCGUCCCUAAAGACAGAGAAGCUCCUGCCUCCCAGGGGCACUAGGCUAUGCAGGAGAUGGAGUGACUUUGGGGCUGCUCUGGCCAGCUGCUCCAGCCUUGGUCACCGCAUGAUCUGCUCUGGUUAAAUCCUUCUAAGCCAGCCAGGGUGGUGAUGACCUGUGACCUUCAGGGAGGGGAGUGAGCUGCUGCCAAUGCCCUGGACUCUGGACCCUUGUCUUCUGGCAGAGAAAACAGAGCUCUGUUUCACAAUCUGGAUCCAUCUUGCCUCACUCUGACUUGGGAAAGUGAGUGUUGCCUCAUUACCUGACAGGGGCCUUGAUCUCUCACCCCUCUGUCCAGUUCAUGACUGCAGAGAUGUCCUCUCCCAAGAUAAAGCCACUGUCCUUACAAUAUGUGCUUGGAAGCUCUUGACAUUUGGGAGCAUGGGUGACGCUGAAACCCACCUCACCUUGAAUCCUUUCUGGAAUGAUUAAAUGGAAAUAAUAAACACGAAGCCUGGCUGGUUGCUA